GACUCUACGAAAGCCGUUCAUCCUUUUGAAGUUUGAGCUGCUAUCCAGCGGCAGAGAGCUCAGGCAAAACGAAAAUGGCGGCCGCCAUAUCCGCAUCCUUCUUCUCUCCUCAAGCUCUAGCUCGCUCCAGAACAGGAACCCCUAGCCGCGGCAACUCAACGAACAGGAAUUCCUCCAAGAACGCCAACUUCAAUCGCACUUCCAAAUUGAAGCCUCAGAGGUCCACUUACAAGUCCCCUCCCGAACCGGUAUCCACUUCCGGCACCGGCGGCGACGCCACCACCUACACUUGCCUUCCCGUCCGGGAAGACUUCUCCCUCCCUUCCUUCGCUUCCGCUCCAUAUUCCGCUGCGGAGGUUCGCCUCUCCGAUUUAGGCGCGGCGGAGAAUCGUAAGGAGAGCGGCGGAAUUCGCAGUUCAAGCAAAGUAGAAGAAGAGAUUGAAGAAGCAGAGGAAGAAGGAGCGGCGGAGAAUCGUAAGGAGAGCGGCGGAAUUCGCAGUUCAAGCAAGGUAGAGGAGGUUGAAGAAGAGGAGGAGGAAGAAGGCGUCGAUUACAGCCGGUAUGAAUUGUACGAGGUCGGCUCCGAUGGGGAAGAAGGCGAGGAUGAUUACGAUUGCGACAGUGGCGAUGAGGAGGAAGAGGAGAUAGAUGGAAGCGACGGUCGAACCUACCAGGUGUUGGAGCAAUUCGCCAGCGGAGGCGGAACUCUGGACGAUUCUGAUGUGGAGGAGGAAGAAGAAGAAGAAGAAGAAGGAGAUGAAAGCGAUAGCUCCGCCGGUCGAUCGUACCAGGUGUUGGAGGAAUUCGCCGGCGGAGGCGGGAGAACGUUGAAGGAUGGUUUCAAUUUGGACGAGAACGAGGAAGAAGAUGACGUUAAGGAGAAGGGAGUACCGGCGGUGAUGCGGUGCUUCGACAGGGCUAAAGUUUUCGUGAAAGCCGGAGACGGUGGCAACGGCGUGGUGGCUUUCCGCCGUGAGAAAUUCGUGCCGUUGGGAGGUCCGUCGGGAGGGGACGGAGGAAGAGGAGGCAAUAUCUACUUAGAAGUGGACGGUUCCAUGAACUCGCUGUUGCCGUUUCGAAACAAGAUCCAUUUCAGGGCCGGGAGAGGUUCACACGGGCAAGGAUCAAUGAUGAAUGGGGCUAAAGGAGAAGACGUGGUGGUGAAGGUAGCUCCUGGGACUGUGGUUCGAGAAGCUGGACGAGACGAAGUUCUGCUGGAGCUCUUGUAUCCUGGCCAACGGGCUCUGCUGUUGCCUGGUGGGAGAGGUGGGAGAGGGAAUACUGCAUUUAAGUGUGGGAGCAACAAGGUACCCAGGAUUGCAGAGAAUGGAGAAGAAGGCACUGAAAUGUGGAUAGAGCUGGAGCUAAAACUGGUUGCAGAUGUGGGAAUAGUUGGUGCACCAAAUGCUGGGAAAAGCACGCUAUUAAGCGUGGUUAGUGCAGCACAACCAGCAAUAGCAAACUACCCUUUCACAACAUUACUUCCGAAUCUCGGUGUGGUUUCAUUCGAUUAUGAUUCCACCAUGGUGGUGGCAGACCUUCCAGGUUUGCUUGAAGGAGCACACAGAGGUUUCGGCUUAGGGCACGAAUUCCUGCGGCACACUGAAAGAUGUUCUGCGCUGAUACACGUUGUUGAUGGGUCGUUACCGCAGCCAGAUCUCGAGUUUGAGGCCGUACGUCUUGAGCUGGAAAUGUUUAGUCCUGAAAUUGAAGAGAAGCCAUUUAUUGUUGCCUAUAACAAAAUGGACCUUCCAGAAGCUUAUGAGAAUUGGCCCACUUUCAGAAAACAGCUACAAGCUCGUGGGAUUGAGCCAUUUUGCAUGAGUGCUGUGACCAGAGAGGGAACUCGUGAAGUGAUCUCUGCUGCUUACGAGCUUCUACAGAAGAAUAAAAAAACUGAAACGGAGUUUGAAGGUCGGAAAGAUCCCGAGAACUUGAACCAUGUGGCUGACAUGGUGAGGAAGCAGCAAAGAGCACCGAUCAAUGACUUUGAGAUCUCGUACGAGAACGAGUCCAAGACUUGGCACGUGACUGGGUCCGGGUUGCAACGAUUUGUUCAGAUGACGAAUUGGCGAUACAUGGAUUCUGAAAGGAGAUUCCAGCAUGUCCUGGAGGCCUGCGGAGUAAAUAAGGCGCUGUUGAAGAGGGGCGUCAAGGAAGGAGACACAGUGAUCGUCGGAGAGAUGGAAUUGGAGUGGCACGAUUAUCCGCAUAGCUCAGGUCCAUCGUACUUGAAGAAGCGCUUUGUCGAGUCAGCCAGAUGGCCUCAAUGGACUUAACCAAUCCUUUUCGCGGCAAAGUUGCUGUUUGCUCGUACCGUCUACCAGCAAUGUGAUUCUCCGAGGCAAUGCAGGUACGUACGGCGCUCUCUCCUGAAUCUACUGCGAAACAGGAAGCUCUCGAUUGGCGAACUUUUUUUAGUGACAUUUGUAUCGUAGCCUCGACACAAUGAUAUAUCGCGGCCCAUGUUUGUUUUCAUCCCAUUUUUCUACAGGGGGGACACCAAAUUAACAACCGUAUUCCAUGAAUGAAUGCAGGCAGCAGCAGCAGCAGCAGCAGCUUGAAGUUCAUAUUUGCAGGAAGCACCGAAAGCUAACUACUCUGGUAGACGAUGAAGGAGAGUCCAGUAGAUGAAAUUGGUUGUUGUGAUUGUAUAAUUUAAUUAUCUAUCAUCUCUUUGUUAUGCCGGGAACUUCAGAUUUGUUGUAGAGUAUGGUAAAAAAUCCUAUUAAUAAAAACAGUUAAUGCAGUAUUCUUAUUAGAUAAAGGAAUUUUUUCAGAAAUAGCACUGUUAAAAAAAAUCAAUAAUUCUGAAAAAUUCCAAAAAUAGCAUCUUUUUUGCCAAAAACCGUCACCCGUACCUACGGUUUAAGAAAAAAUCGCCACCUGGGGGCGCGUUUUUCGAUGAAAACCGCACUCGUAGGCGGCGAUUUUGCAAACUGCAUGGGGUCGUGGCGGUUUGGUUACAAACCGCACCCCCACCAUACGGUUGGUUUGCAGACCGCAUCCCCACCAUGCGGUCUUUUUUUUUUUAAAUCCUAACCUAGGUGGAAACUUCAAACGAACGUAUCUUUGUGUUCGGGUAUACGAUCGUCAGGUUUUUUUUUAUAUUCCGCAUAACUUUUUGAGAUCAUGCAAGCCGAAGACUGCCGAAGGUGGUUUGGUCCCGCCUUCGUCCCAAAAAAUGUCGUUUGCUACCCCGAACGAGCUUUUUCCAAACUUUGGACAACCAUAACUUUGUGCUCCAAAAUCCAAACGACAUGAUUUUUUUUAUCUCGCAUAAAUUUUUAAGGAAUACAACUUUUAUCAUAGACAUAGUUUCGAAAUGUACGUGGAUUGCUGAAAAGGGAAGGUAAGCUAUUGCCAAAAUCUUGUAUAUCCAAAAAUAAUUCAUGUUUUGAAAAUUCAUUCCUAGUAAAAAUUGUAGUCAUUAAAAAGUCAUGCGAAAUGAAAAAAAAAUCAUGAAGUUCGGAUUUAUUGAGAUCCAAAAUUGUAGUCCUUAAAAAGUUAUGCGAAAUGGGAAAAAAAAAACAUGAAGUUCGGAUUUAUUGAGCACAAAGUUAUGGUUGUCCAAAGUUUGACGAAAUCGGAAAAAAGCUCGUUCGGCGUAGCAAACGACAUUUUUUCGGGACGAAGGGCGGACCAAACCACCUUCGGCAGUCUUCGGCUUGCAAAAUCUAGAAAAGUUAUGCGGAAUAAAAAAAAAACGUGACG